AUGAAGUUCACUCUCCUUUCUCUCCUUGUCGGCGCUGCCGCCGCCUUCGCCCCCGCUAGCCAAAAGGUCUCCACCACUGCUCUGCAGAUGUCUGACUACAGUGGUGAGGUCGGUGCCCAACCACCAACUGGAUUCUUCGAUCCUUUGAAGCUUUCCUCUGGAAUCUCCCCUGAGCGAUUCGACCUCUACCGCGCUGCCGAACUGAAACAUGGCCGUGUUGCUAUGAUGGCUGUUUUGGGAUACAUUGCUCCAGAAACUUACCGUUUCCCUGGUGAGGUCGCCUACGGACUCAAAUUCGAGGAUGUGCCAAAUGGUCUUGCCGCCCUUGACGCCGUUCCCGCUCUUGGCUGGGCCCAGAUUGUUGCCGCCAUCGGAUCUGUAGAGUUCGCUGGAACUCUUGGAGACUUCGAAAUUGGAAAGCCCGACUUCACCCCAGAUGUCCUUGCUGCCCGUCAAUCCCAAGAAAUCUCACACGGACGUUUGGCAAUGAUUGCUAUCUUGGAAUUGCUCCGUCACGACAAGUACGACGAGGUUGGUGAGCUCAUCCGUGGACUUCCUUUCAUUUACAACUAA